AUGGCAGCAGAGAGGGAGCGGAAAGAUGUCCAGAAGCGGAUCUCAUUUGGGUCAUGCCAAGAGAGGAAAAUGUUCCCUCUCCACCACGCCCCAGACAGGCUGGGAAUCCAGCUGACAACCAUCACGGGACACCCUUCACUUGGGCCAGGCUGUUACCUGAGUCCAGAGACAAACAGCCUCAGAUACUCUUUGGAAAACAAACCACUGAGCAAGAAAGGCUAUGUGCUAGGAGCGAGAACAGCGCAGCGUUUCAUACCAGAGCCACAGACCGUGACUCCCAGCCCAGCAAUGUACCAGUCAUCCUGGAAGAAAGAGAGAAAAUGCCAACCUGCCUAUGCUCCGUUUUCCAGUAAGACACCACGGUUUCCAGAUAAGCCUUCAGAUAAAGAAUUUUUCCCUGGACCUGGAACUUACAAAACAGACAAGCAAUUACACAAAAAAAUCACUUGGCCGAUGAAGUUUGGUUCUCCAGACUGGUCUUUAGCGCCGAAGCCAGCAAAGAGGAUGGUAAAAAUGGACGUGCAGAAGAUGACCACAGACAAGGAAUUCACCAAAAACCGGGACCGAGUGGCAUACCUGAGUUUAUACUACAGCUGA